GUGCGUCUUCUCUCUCACUCCCCUAAACCCUUCUCUCUCUCUCUCUCUCUCUCUCUCUAUUUGUCUCUUUCUCACUCUAAAACCUUGAAUUAGGAAGCAAUCUUGGAACGCCAUGCCCUUUGUACUUCUACGGAACCGAAUGAUCCAUUGCGUGGUGGUCUAGGUUUCGUAGAUUUUUCUGCAAUAUUGCGCACAUUGGCUUUGGUUUGAAUGUGUUUUGCUUCGACUGCACUGUACCUAAUUAGGGUUCCGUGAAAAAUGAGAGAGGGGCUGAGAUCGCGGACCCGAUUGGGGACGGCUUCUGGUGGUGAAGGAGUUGAUCACAAGAAAACGGUUGCUGUGAAGAGUGAGGCUGUUGAUUUGGGUGAUGAGGGUUUGGAGGUACAGAAGUCAACGAUUGAGAAGAAGGGUGAAGUUGAAUGCGGUGUGAAACAAGAAUGUGGCUUUGAUUUGAAUGUGAGUCCGAGUGCAGAUGUUGACUUAGCUGAGGAUGGGAGCGGUAAGAGUUGUUUAAAUGGUGGGGGUAGCAUUCUAGUAGCUGAGGAAGAUAGGAAGGCAAAGAAGAAACACGACUCAAACGAUGGAGUAUUGGUUGGUGGUCGAGUGUUGCGCCCUAGGUCAAAGAGUGGGGAUUGUAAAAGACUGUAUUAUGGAGAGAAUGAUGAUGUUGUUUCUGGGGAUAAUGGAGAGCAUAGUGGGUGUGAGAGGGUGAAAGUUAAGAAGGAACAUGAAGAAGCUGAUGAUUUUUUGGCCGACAGCUGUGAAAAGGAAAUAAUUAAGCCAAAGAAGGAAGGGGAUGGCAGGAGGAAAUUGAAACGGAAGCGUGGGAGGCCUCCCAAGAUAGAUUUGAAAGGGGAAGAUGAACCAGGUGAUCAGUUGCCACGUAAGCGUGGAAGACCCCCCCUGGCUGGCCGACAAAACCAUCUCGUGACUGUGGUGACACAUAAUAGAAAAGGAAAGGCGACCCUUCGAAAAGGUAAAAAAGGUUUAACUAAGAGCGAUGGUGCUAAGGUGAAUGCAAUUGGCGAUACAAAUUCAAGGAAUUCUACUGGGGGUGAGUUAGAAAAGAAGGAGGAUUCUCUUGUCAAGAGGAAUGCAGUAAAGCAAUUAGUGAGGGAUCAAAUAAAGGAACAGCUCUCAGCUGCAGGGUGGACAGUUGACUUUAGGCCCAGGAAUGGCAGAGAGUACCAUGAUGCAGUGUAUGUUAGUCUGGACGGACAUACACACUGGUCAAUCACCUUGGCCUACAAAAGGCUAAAAGAGUAUUAUGAAGCUGGUAAUGGUGAAGGUAAGGCAUAUAAGCCAGGCUUCAAAUUUACACCAAUAGCAGAAGAGGAUUUCAAAAUGCUAACUAAGGUAAUGAACAAGCAAAGAAAAAAAGGGGGAAAGGGUGGAAAGAAAGUUGAUGGAGUCAAUGGUAAAAAGAACAAAGAAAAGUCAGGUUAUGGUGCAGGCAUGGGUAAGUCAAUGAAGAGGAAAAUGAAAAGGAAAACAUCACCUAACAGGAUGCCAGUUGUGAGGGAUCAUAAGCGACAGAAAACACAAAACAAGAAGCGAUGUGCUCCGUUGGCACGCAAUGCCGAGGAGAUAGAUUCAGAAACUGAGGGAUAUGUACUGUACUGCGGAAAACGAACUUUGCUUGCCUGGAUGAUUGAUUCGGGCACAGUCCUUCAAAAUGGGAAGGUUCAUUAUAUGCCACACAAAAGCAAAAGUGCGGUACUGGAUGGUGAGAUUACAGGAAAUGGCAUUCAUUGUGGGUGCUGCGAUAAAAUCUUUACAAUUUCAGACUUUGAACUUCAUGCAGGAAGCAAACUUGCUGAUCCACUUAAAAAUAUAUAUGUUGGGGAAGGAACUUCCCUUUUACAAUGCUUGCUAGAUUCAUGGAAUAAACAAGAUGAAUCUGAACGUAAAGGUUUUCAUUUUGUUGAUGUUGCGGGUGAAGAUCCAAAUGAUGAUACAUGUGGGGUCUGUGGAGAUGGUGGAGACCUGAUAUGUUGUGAUGGUUGCCCAUCAACAUUCCAUCAAGGAUGCUUGGAUAUAAAAAAGUUUCCAUCUGGCGACUGGCACUGCAUUUAUUGCUGUUGCAAAUUUUGUGGAUCAGUUAGUGGAAGUUCAAACCAAAGGGAUGACAAUGAUGAACUUAUUGUCUCAAAAUUACUCACAUGCCAAUUAUGUGAGGAAAAAUAUCACAGAUCCUGUAUUGAGGCAAAUGAUGCCAAUACUGAUGAUUCCAGGGAUGUCUUCUUUUGUGGAAACAGAUGUCAAGAGUUAUCUGAGAGACUUGAAAUGCUCCUAGGUGUUAAACAUGAAAUGGAAGAUGGAUAUUCUUGGACUUUUAUACGACGGUCGGAUGUCGGCUUUGAUGCUUCUCAGAUAAAACCUCAGAUGGUUGAAUGUAAUUCUAAGUUGGCUGUUGCAGUAUCAAUAAUGGAUGAGUGCUUCAUGCCAUAUAUUGAUCAUAGAAGUGGGAUCAAUCUGAUCCACAGUAUUCUGUAUAAUCGUGGGUCAAAUUUCAAUCGUCUGAAUUAUAGUGGAUUUGUUACUGCAAUUCUAGAGAGAGGUGAUGAGAUAAUCUCUGCUGCAUCUAUCAGGAUCCGUGGGAACCAGCUAGCAGAGAUGCCAUUUAUUGGUACCCGAUAUAUGUACAGGCGACAAGGAAUGUGCCGCCGGCUUCUAAAUGCUGUUGAAUGGGGACUCGGCUCUUUAAAUGUUGAGUUAUUGGUCAUACCAGCUAUCUCAGAACUCAGAGAAACUUGGACUUCUGUUUUUGGGUUUGAGUCACUUGAAUCUACAAGCAAGCAAAUAUUACAUAAUAAGAAUCUGUUGGUAUUUCCUCAUGUAGAUAUGUUACAGAAGAAGAUAUCAAAACAUAAAUUGGCUGGUCAAAAUCUGAAUCCUUCGGAAGGCCAGAUAAAUGAUGAAACCAUAUCUAUUGAAUCUGGUUGUCAUCUUCCUGAUGGUUCAUUGAACAAGGUACCUGACAUUGCUAGCAAUGCUAAAGAUCAUAGGAAAUCUUCAACAGAUGACACAUGUCAAGUUGUAUGUCAGGCAGCUCCCGAAAUUUUGGUGAUGGAAGACAACAAUAGUAUUGAAAAUGCCCGUGAUUAUGUGACUGGUACUUGUUGCCGAGCUGGAGAUAGCCAGUUGAACAGUUGCUGGGUUCCUUGUGAGGAGAGACAGUGCCUCACGUCUUGUAUUAGAUCUGAGGCCACCGAAGGAAAUUGUGUUAGUGUUUCGUUGGAGGUUACUGAAAACUUUCUCAAUCAGGUCAAAGUAGCAAAUGAAGCUAUUUCAAAUAGCAGUGCUGAAAAUUCUGCAUCCUGUGGUGCAGAAAGAAUUCCUCUUGACUCACAAAUUGCAUUUGAUACAAGGGAUUCAAAAGAUUCUGGUGACUCUAUUCACCAGGAUUCAUAUAAGAUUUCUGACAGUUGUGAACUGAGAAGCAAGACUGAUUGUGGUGAACCGAACUUUAUAGGAACAAAAGAAGUACAUGCUGAACCUGUUCGUGUUUCUGGUUUUCAUUCUAGACCCAAGGGUGAUUGUGCUUCUUGUGAAGCUGCUUCUGCAACCAACGUCUUAAUACACCUUAGAUCACAGAAGAUCACCGAUAAUAAGCCUUGGAUGAACGGCACAUCAGAGCUAGCUGAUCCUGAUUUACAGGUUGAUCAAACUGCACGGAACAGUGCUCCCUCCUUGUGGAGCCCAAACACUGCUUCUGGUGCAGCUCUUCACUGGGCAUCUGCUGGCAGUGCUUCACGUGGUAGUACUGAGGGGAUAGUUUUGUCAAACCAAGCAAGUUGAUUUGUGCUCCAUUUGUAGUUAAGUAGGUUAUAUUUUGAGGGUGUUCACUAACAAAGGGAAUCUAGCUAUGCAAUCUGGAAGCCCUUGGUCUUUGUACUUAGGAUGGAUGAGAUUGUGUAUUUUGAAAAUUGGUGGUUGUUAGAAUAGGGUGAUCUUUCCUUCAGGGUAUUUGAUCGAGGAAUUCUUGUAAGUAUCCCAAAAACUUAAAUUGGGAAUGCUAGAUUUCCUUAUUUGGUAUUAAUUUUUUGAAAGACAAUUUUAGGAAACUAUCAUUUCUAAUGAUUCUCUUUCCUCUCAACAAAACAUUCUCAUGGGAGGAGUGAGAAUUUGAGAUUCCUGUGAA